GGUGAGACAGAGGAUGAGGCGGAGCGAUUCGCGAGGCGAGAGAGCACUAUGCCUGAUAGAUUCAGACACUUGACCAAAGAAGCACCCGACACUCCUGUUAGAUGGCCCUGGUUUAUCGCGUUAGCGUUUCUUGUUUAUGCGUGGAGAGCUGUCUUGUUUGAGCUGUCCAACUGGAGAAACACUGCUUUCGCCAUCGUUAGAUUCCUCGGAGACCUUUCGAAGUUCGCGUUGGCACUCGUCUUCCACUUUAUAGGCGAUCCCAUCACUUCUCUCAUCGCACUCGUGGAAACCGCAAUCUACAGCGUCCGGGCCUUCUACUCCGGGAUCGUGGCUUACACGCCUGUGAGAGAGUUAACCACUGUGAUCCUUCUCGCAUCAUCCGUGCUUGCGAUAGGAGAAGCGGUUGCGCCAAACUCCAUCAGCAAGCAGCCGUAUGUGGUAACUCUUGCGGGUCUGUUAGGGUAUGCAGCUGUGCAGGGGUACAUCUCGGAGCCGUUGUUCUGGACUGUCUUGGUGGGUUUGUAUGGGUAUUCGCGGUUGGUAAAGAAGAGGGACGAUGUGACCUCGGCGUUGCCUUCUGCGGCUGUUCUGGCGGGUGUAGGGGAGCCGUGGGUGAGAGUGGUGGCUAUCGCAGGGUAUCUGGCUCUAGCUAUGUAUCAUAAUUCAACUAAGAUGAGCUCAUCUGAAGAAGAAGAGGGACAGAGCUUGAGGAAGGCACCACCUGUGCCGUUGUUGGCUGCAGCUUUGGCUAUUGGCGUCAGGCUUGCUGCGAAAUGGGCUGGUUACAGGCACUUGACUUGGAUGAUUGUUUAAAUUCUAUGCCAGUUAAAAACCAAACAAAACUAGUUUGUGUUGUACUUUGUAACCCUCUCUACCCACUGGUUAGUAAUGUUUCUUUUUUCGCGUCGAUUCA